AGUCGUUGGCUUCACUAAAACCGGAAUGUUUUCAGUUUCAGGAGGUUUUUGGAGCCCAUUGCAACUGUAAUUCCUUGUCACAAAUGGCUUCAAUGAAGUGUAAAAGAGAGUCAUCGCCAUCACCAUCUUCUUCUUCAACACGUGAAUGCAAAUAUGAAGUAUUUCUAAGUUUCAGGGGUGAGGAUACCCGCAAUAAUUUUACCGACCAUCUAUAUGCUGCUUUGAAUCGAAUGGGCAUUAUUACUUUUAGGGAUGAAGAAGAACUCGAGAGAGGAAAGUCUAUUUCUAAGCUCUUCGAAGCAAUCGAAGAAUCACAGAUUGCUAUCAUCAUUUUCUCAAAAAGCUAUGCAUCUUCUAAGUGGUGCUUGGAUGAGCUUGCCAAGAUUAACAAAUGUAGGGAGGAAAUGAGGCUGGAAGUUUUUCCAAUUUUUUAUGAUGUGGACCCAUCUGAUGUACGAAAACAAAUAGGAAAUUUUGAACAAACCUUUAUUGAUCAUCAAAAAUGCGAGGAUAACAUAAAGAAGGUGGAAACAUGGAGAACUGCUUUAAAAGAAGUGGCUAAUAUCUCUGGAUGGCAUCUACAAAAUAGGCAUGAGUCCGAAUUUAUCCAACACGUUGUGAAAGAGAUGAUGAAGAAAUUAAGUUCUAAAUCCUCAGGCAUUACUAGAAACUUCAUAGGAAUGGACUCUACUCUGAAGGAAUUUAUCCCUUUGUAUUUAGGUUUUGAGAAUAAUGUUCGCAUGACAGGGAUUUAUGGUAUGGGGGGUUUGGGGAAGACAACUCUUGCUAGAGCUGUUUAUGAUGAAUAUCGUAGUCAUUUUGAAGGUUCUAGCUUUAUUGCUAAUGUUAGGGAAGAUUCAAAAACACACGGUUUGCGUAAAUUACAAAAGCAGCUUCUUGCAGACAUUUUGGAGGACAAAAAUAUACAUGUAAAUAAUGUUUAUGAUGGAGUUGACACGAUCAAGAAAAGGUUAUGUCGUAUAAAAGUUCUAAUUGUUAUAGAUGAUGUUGACCAUUUGGAUCAAUUAGAAAAAUUGGCUGGAGGGCAUGACUGGUUUGGAUUGGGGAGUUGGAUCAUUAUAACAACUAGAGAUGAACAUGUGUUAAUCCAACAUGAAGUGCUUAACAGAUAUAAUUCCAAUGGAUUAAAAGAUGACGAUGCUUUAAAACUUUUUUGUUUGAAAGCCUUCAAAAAUGAGAAACCCAAAGAAGGUUAUAUGCAACUCUCCUUGGAAGUUGUGAAAUAUGCUAAUGGCCUUCCAUUAGCUCUUGUUACUUUGGGUUCCUUUUUGGUUGGAAGAACAAUAGAUGAAUGGCAAAGUGCAUUGCCUAGUUUUAAAAAAACUAAAGGAGAAAUAUUUCAUAUACUUAAACUAAGUUACGAUGGUCUAGAGGAAAUGUGGAAGGAGAUAUUCUUAGAUAUUGCAUGUUUCUUUAGACAUUGGAACAAAAAUGAAGUAAUACAUAUAUUAGAGAAUUGUGGUUUUAAUGCAAGAAUUGGUAUAAGUGUUCUCAUGGAAAAAUCUCUCCUAUCCAUGGACUACAACGAAGAUUUGGGGAUGCAUGAUCUACUACAAGAAAUGGGUGAAAAAAUUGUUCGUUUUGAAUCAAAGGGAAAGCUUGGAAUGCAGAGUAGGUUGUGGCUUAAUAAUGACUUGCUUAAUGUAUUGAAGGACAAUAUGGCAACAAAUGCAAUUGAAGCCAUAGUCGUUCGUUACAAGAAAGUGGAUUUCAAAUUUGAAGAAUUUCUUGAAGUGUUAUCAAAGAUGUCUAAUCUUAGAUUGAUGAUAAUUAAUCAGACGGACAUCUUACGUUUUCCUAUUGAUCAUAGACAUCUAGAUGUUCCUACUACGCUAAGACAUCUUUUAUGGGACUACUGUCCUUUAAAAUGUUUGUCAUGCAGUUCCCAACCAAUGGAGCUUGUUCAUCUUGAAUUGCAGCGCAGCUAUUUGGAAUAUCUUUGGCAAGGAGUAAUGCUUUCAUUCAAGUUAAAGUUCAUUGAUCUUAGUAGUUCCUUCUACCUUAUUAGGACACCUGACUUUUCAGGUGUUCCGAUACUUGAGAAACUAAACCUUUCUAAUUGCCCUCGAUUGGUUGAGAUCCACCCAUCUAUUGGAAAACUCAGCAAGCUUAGGUAUUUACAUCUGAAAUACUGCAAAUCUCUUACCGAUCUUCCCAGCAUGUCUGCUAAAAUGCAAUCCCUUACGGUUCUUGACCUUCAUCACUGCUCAAAAAUCAAUUCAUUUCCGAAAUUUACUGGAAUUAUGAAAAGCCUAUCAGAACUCAAUUUGGGUGGGACUGGUAUUAAGAAAGUAGAACCCUCAUCAAUCGAGUGUUUGAUUGCCCUUACAAAAUUAGAUCUAAGUUCCUGCAAUGAUCUCAAAUGUCUUCCUAGAAAUAUGCAUAAUUUGAGGUCACUUGAAAAACUCGGCCUUUUCUUUUGCACAAAACUAAAAUCUUUGCCAAGGCUUCCAUCAACCGUAAGAGUUAUAAAAGCUCUAGGUUGUGAUUCUCUAAAAUGGUCACUAGCGCUGGUCAAACUGCGUAGCUGGUCACAACCUCUCUGCCAGCGGUGUCCGUAUGAUAAGAAAAGUAUUCCAAGGGAAUUUAAAAUAUUGUUCCAUUUCCUACAGGUACAGGAUGGAACCAUUUAUGGAACUUCUUCAAAAAGGGAAAAGGAGGGAUCAAGAACUAAAUUUCUUGUAAUUAUUCCGUCAUUUUUUAUUCAAAAAGUGAGGAAUUCAAUAAACAUAGAGCUGCCUUCAAAUUGGUAUAAUAGUAAAUGGAUAGGAUUCGCUCUCUGGGCAACAUGUAUGAUAGGGUGUGAAUAUGAUAUUAGAGCUCGUGUGAUAGCCCUUGGUGAUAUGCCUCAAAAUUACUGGGCCUUUGAACUUUUUACUACCUUGAUACGUCUUGAAAACAGUAUUUGCCUAUUGUAUUUGUCUAGUGAUGAGUGGUUUGCUAUUGUUGGGAAUGGUAAAUGCUGUCAGAUUAAGGUUAUAUUUGAGACCAAUCGAAGUACCAUUGGCAUUGAUGUGUCUGAUUGUGGGUUUAGUUCGUUAUACAAGCAAGAUGUGGAUGAGUUCAACCAAACAAGUGCACAAUGUUUGAUUGAGAGCUUUGGGGAAGAAGUACCCAUCUAUAAAUUAACUGUUGGUGAUGAUGAUGAUGAUGAUGAUGAACUUUAAGGAUUUUGCUAAGAAGAUGACACUUAUGUCUUACUUGUACUUCGACUGGUGCUAAAUAGUGAAGAUUUUCAUAGUUUGAAUUUCAGUUGAGGCUACUGCUACUGGAUGUGCAUAAGCAUUUCUGUCAGCAUGACUAUUUUAUUUUUUAGAUAUCUCGAUAUGUUGUAUUGAAUUUAUAAAUGGUUUCAGUUAUAAUGAUUUGAAAAUGUAUUCAAGUGAGAUAUCCUUGUAUCUUGUUUCAUAAUGACAAUAGAGUGGGGUCUUUUCUUUUCUUUUUGAAAGGGGUUCUAGUCCAUAUCUGUUAUUAUGAUUUUCAUAAAUGAUGUUCAAUUGAGCCUACUAUUAUCAAAUGGUAUACAAGCAAUACUUUCAGGUAACUUU